AUGGUUAUCGCACUCCUCCUCUCUGAUGCCAACAAGCCAUUGCGCUACACAGACCUUAGUCGGGUAGCCCUUCAGUGUCUUUAUGGAGCGCACUCGAUGUGGAAAGCCCUUUCUACCCUCCAAUCCGCAAUACUAUGUAGGGAACUAGAAACACCCACCACCACGUCGUCCGCACUACCAUCUCGGCUUCUAUCUGCCUUUGACGCGCACGUUGGUGACUGUUCAUGCCAAACGCGAGCGCAGAUGCUCUUGGAGCUUGUUCAAUUCUACAGCAUACCAGAGAAGAAAGACGCCCUUGAUCGCGCAAUCACAAUGCUACAGGAACUCAGGAUUCAGGCUGCAUUGCUGCUUCAGGAGGUCGAGCGAAGUCACGGGAAACCGCGCAUUCCCACUCUUGACGCACUCCGAACUCAUUUGAGUGUAUGGCAACGCAUCGGCUUCACACGUUUUUUAAAUCUUUUCUCUGGACCCUCUGACUCUCCGCCUGGAACUGGCGCCCUGCAGAGUAUCACUGCUGGAGAUGUGCUGGUUGCUAGACCAGAAUGGAGCACUGACAAUCUUUUCCUCGUCGCGCGUUUCUUGACGCUCUGUCUUCUUCUGUCUGAAUGCAAGAUAGCUAAGAUAAAAUCCGGUCCCCCUAUCCGCGUGAUUGUUCGCGUCGAUCUUCAAUUAAUGUAUGCGAACAUUGGACGAGAGCUUGAAGCUCUGGGCCUGAUGCCAGCACAGAGGAACGCGAAGCCUUGUGGUGGCAAGAUGAAGUUGAACGCGCAAUGCGAUGCUAUGCAGGGCUACGUAUCCAUUGUUACGACGGACUGGGUGAAGAAAGCGGUUCUUAGACUGGGGCUUCUCGACUUUCACCAGAGUUUGUCCGAGGGACUGAUAGUCGCAAAUAGUCGCCGCAUUUCGUGCGUUGCGACGUAUGCAUCCACGUUGCUUAUACGCGCGUUGUGGUUGACACUGAACACACCUUUAUUGGUCGUGAUUCAGCGCUUCUGUUUGCAUGGCGAAUUUCACAAUAUCUAUUGCCGUAUUACCAGAAACCCCGCGUCCCCAGCCCCUUCUUUCUGCGAGAUGGGAGAGCCCAACUGGUUCGAUGUUACACUUGUUUCCGAUGAAGAUAUUACUGCGUCACCGUGGGCCAUACUGCCGCACAUCAUCAUGAUAUGCAUGUCAGGGGAAGGCACGAUUGACGACUUCCGCCGUCUUCUCCUUGAUAGCAAUCAAGGGAACACACGUCCUAGUCGACCUCAUAAAGGGACAUGCCGAGAGAUUGUCGACUAUGUCAGCAAACUCAAAGAGCUCAACUUCGCUCGCUUUAUGGCGCACUGUUCUGCGCACCAUGAUCAGUUUCCGUUUACUUUGCCGGAUGAUGAGGACGCGUUCGAGAGGGUAUCUGACCUGAUCCAGAAAGGGCUGGGCAGGAGAGCUAGUGACACCUUCAAGGGGGCCAGAGACGGGGCUGAUGACUUUGGAACAGGGAGAUCUAUGAAAAUGUUCACGAUCGAACAUUUGGUUGUGGAGUUUCCGGUUAUGAUAUUGAAAGAGCUGCAGGGAAAGCCUACCGUUUAUGGUUGUAAACUUGAAUCUUGA